CCGUCCCGCUCCGCAGCGGGGAGGAGGGAGGGGGGUGGCGGGUACCGCGCUAGCGAUGUGUAGCCCGGGAGCUCCGCCCGCCGGCCGCGCCAGGUGCAGGCGGGGCCACCCCUACCCCGUCCUGGCGGCCGCCGGAUGCUCGCACGUUGCUGCCCAGAAUACACACACCCCCCGCAGCGCCGCCGCGCCUUGGGGCUCGGAGUUCCCCGGGACGGCACGGCGGGCUCCGUUGGCCGGCCCUGCGGUGGAGGGGGAGGCCGGUGCGGCGGCGCCUGUGCUCGGGAGAGGCGGAAAUCCAGCGCGGGGUUUGCGGGGAGCUGAAGGAGCGGCGGCGACCUGCCGGCGAGGAGAUGUCCCUGAAGCCGCGCCAGCCGCAGCCCGCAUGCUCGCCCUGGGUGGAGCGGCCGUCUUUGUCGAGCCGGGACCCGCUCUCCGUUCUCGGGCAAGCAGAAGAGGAGCUAGCGAGGAAAUAAAAACAAGCUCGAGUUAAUGUCUGAGAAGUUCGGGUGCAGGAGAGUCUGGUAGGAUUCCUGUUUGUGCCUAUUUCUGAUGAAUUUCAGACAAUCGUUCGAAAUAACCUGCGUCCAUUACCUUUCUUUGCACAAACUGCUUUGGAUGUCCUCCAUAGGUAGUGGGAUGACCCGCUUAAAAUGCCUCUAUGUGUGUGUAUGUGUAAUAUUACCUGUAUUUUUAAAAAUACCUUUGCGUGUAUUUGUAUAUAAAAUCUGCAGGAGAAAUUUUUGGCGAAGUACGGUUGAUUUUUAACCAAUAUUUUGUUAUUUGCUGGAUGAUCCAUGAUCACUAUUAAUUUGUAUUAAAAAGGGGUGGUGGGAAAUGGGGGGGGGGGAAAGCACCCAAAGAGUUUGUUCGUCUGUUUUAUCUGAUUAUAUUGUAACACAAUUUCCACAUAGAUCUCAUUCAUAUUUGUAAUACGCACCUAAUUACCUAGUGAUUUCAAGUCUCAAGGUAGACAGGGUCAGGCCUGGAGCACUCUGAGGGAAGCUCGGUGAGGAAAACCUAACAUUUGAGGAAGAAGGACACUGUUUACUGCUGGUUCUGCCAUUCAAAUGAAAUACAAACCUGUUGUUGUGACUAGUUAGGGUCAUUGCAUUUCCAUACCUUUCUUUUACCCGCCACUGGAUGAAAAAGACAGAAUUAUGAUUUCUUUCCAGUGCUUUUAAUUACUGACUAUGCUUAAAGCUUCAUCUGCAAUUUUAAGUUGGAUAAAUAAAUAUUCUUUUUCUCAUACUUUUAACACAUUCUGGUAAUAAUCCUGUUGUCAUUAGUAAAUGAAUUCCAUUUUCACACCAUUAAGUGACCACAGUUUGCUAGCAAAUUAUUUUGGGUUUGGUUAGUGUAACCUUAAUGUUUAGGUUAAAUCUUCCACUGUAACUUUCUCUUUGCUUUUUUCUUAUGCCUAAAAAAAUUAUUUCAGGGACUGAAAAUGCUCACACAUGCCAACAUGAAGUGGUCUGUGUUUUUUUAAAUGGGCUUCUUUACAGCUGGUUGGAUUUCAGGUGUACAUUUAGGUGUGUGUAUGCAAAGUAAUACAUAUGUACACUUCUUCACUUGUGUGAUUUUUUUUUUUUUUUCCCCAAAGGUAUUUUUCCAGCAGAUCAUAGCACAUCCCUUACAAUCUUUAAAAGAAGAAUGCCAUGCAACAUUUCAAAGGAAAAAUGAGGAGUUGAUAUAUAUAUUUAUUAUUUUAAAGGAAUAAAGGUUUGUGUGAGAAGACAAAUACAUAGGAUACUGAUUUGUUUUAAGGCAAGUUGUGAAUUGAGCCAUGCCAGGAGAAGAUAUUUAGCAUAAACUACUUCCUUACUGCACAUGUCUUAGAGCCUGGGCACCUGUAAGAGUGGGAGAAGCCUUCCAUGCUUUGUUUCUUAGAAUUUACUGUGCAACUGUCUUCAUAUGCCCACACAUUCCCAAAUGAAUCCUGUUUACUGUAUGAGCUAUAUGCAGUGAACUAUUUCAAUUUCAGCACAGAUUCCUACUAGGAUAAAUUAUAUCCUAGGCAUAUGUCCUGAAAGGAUCUUUUAGCCUCAAAAUGGAAAUUGUUUGAGCUUGUGAGAGUCCUUUCUCAUAUUCUGCAGAGGCCCUAGCGGGCUGCCAGAAGGUGAUUGAUACGCAUAAAGAAUAGACGUGACUAUAAAUAUAUGGUGGUGGUUUGUUGCAGCUUCUCAGUAUUCUAGGUUCUCUGACAUCUCAGAGUGCUUUCCAUUCAUCUAAUUGAAAAUGGGCUUUAAUAUAUUGAAGCCAGCAGUCUAAGCAGGUGAGCUUUAAAAGAAUCUUCAAGAACUCUUUUCUUGUGUGCAGUAAGUGCAUUAAACUGCUUUCACCAGUUCUUGAGUUCUUUUAUGCAUCCUAGAUCAUAAUCCUGGCUUUUUCAUGGAAAGGACACAAGUACAGUGUAUAUGUGUAGGAAAGAAUAUUUAGGGAUGUUACGGGGGAAGGGAAGACUAAUAUACUGUAUUCUUCUCAGAUUAGGACCUACGUUUCUGCUCUUAAAUGUACAGUAUUUAGGCUUAUGACUGGGGAUCUCAGAUGCUAGCACAGUAAAAAUAUUAGUAGUGAUAGUGUGGUAUAUAAGUGAUUCUUAAGAGUUUGCUGUAGCUGGAUCCAUGAAAGAUCAACUUUUAUUCUAGUACGUAGCUUGUUAAUAUAUAUGAAAUCAUAUUUGGAAUCAGUUGAUCUCUGCCAGUCUGUGUGGCUAAAUAUUUAGCACUUGAAAUCCAGAAGUCCCGGUAUCAUCGUUUAACUUUUUGAAAAUCCAUUGUUUCUCUAAUUAAAGGGAUUUCUGUGCGCAAAUGUUUCACAAUUUUUGGUCUGAGAUUCUCACACCUUUUCAAAGCUAGAAAAAAGAUUGAUACGCAUCAGCAGACGGCAGAAUCACACAGUUUCUCAUCCUGGCUUUUCAGGGUCAUAAGCUAUUGGACCUUAUGACUUGCUGAUGGGACUGCUUUUUGUCCUGUUCUUCAGUGAAACUGAGGCUAAGGCAGGUUGAAGCAUCAAUAUUUAGUCCCAAGAAUUUAAUUUCAGCAGCUGUCCAAAGCAGCUCAAUGGUUUGGAAUGGUACAGUAAGUAUGUUAGUAAAAUAUAUUAGUAGACAGUCUGUUUCAUUAUAGGUCUCUUAUUUUACAUGUUUUGAGAGCUGUUUCAUGGAGCAAAGUUGCCAGUUUUCAGUAUAUCUUUGUUAGGAUGUCCAUUUCCUGACUUUUGCUUAUUUUUUUAAUUUAUUUUUCAUUUAAGGAACUUCUGAAGCAGAUGUUCUCUUCUGUCUCUUAGACUUAGACGUUAUAAUAAUUGGAUUUUUGGCUUCUUGGAGAAACAGUAGAAAAUGCAAAACGAAAUAAUAAAGCCUGCUAAAUACUUCUCAGAAGUGGAGAAGAGUGUGCUGCUUGCAUUAGUUGAAAAAUACAAAUACGUACUUGAAUGUAAAAAAAGUGAUGCAAGAACGAUUGCUCUGAAACAACGUACCUGGCAAGCACUAGCUCAUGAAUAUAAUUCACAGCCCAGUGUAUCACUGCGAGACUUCAAACAGUUAAAGAAAUGCUGGGAAAAUAUCAAGGCACGGACAAAAAAGAUAAUGGCACAUGAGAGGCGGGAGAAGGUAAAAAGAAGUAUUAGUCCACUUAUAAAUACUCACAUCAUAGGGAAAGAGAAGAUUGCCAGCAUAAUGCCUGAGCAAAUGUACUUUUUGCAGAGCCCACCAGAAGAAGAUUCUGAAUAUCAGCCUGAUGCUUCUAAUCAAGAGUCAUUUGUUGUCUCAAAUAGAGAACUUUGUGAUGAAGAGAAAGAGCUGGUACAUUUCCCAGUAUGUGAAGGUACCUCCCAACCUGAGCCUUCAUGUUCUGAUGUCAGAAUAGCAGCAGAUAAGAACUACAGAAGUAAAGCAUCUCAGGAAAGUGCUCUGAAAAAGAUGCAUGAGGAAGAACAUCAUCAGCAAAUGUCAAUUUUGCAACUGCAGUUAAUCCAAAUGAAUGAAGUUCAUGUGGCAAAAAUACAGCAAAUAGAAAGAGAGUGUGAGAUGGCUGAAGAAGAACACAGGAUAAAAAUGGAAGUGCUAAAUAAAAAGAAAAUGUAUUGGGAGAGAAAACUGCAGACCAUCACAAAAGAAUGGCCUGUAUCAUCGUUUAACAGACCCUUUCCUAAUUCACCCUAGAACAUAAAGGGCCAGAGAGUCAGUCUGAUUGAGCACAUUUAUGAGUAACGUGCACUGGAAAGAGGAUGUUUUAAUGUGAAUGUACAGUGACAGGAUAGGUGCCUGGCUGAUAGUGAACACACUUUGACUCUUAAUGUUUAGGGAAACAGUGGUAGAGUCCACCAAGGGGAAAACUGUAUUGUUCAAUUGUAGGUAGUUCUGAUUUGUUUAACUCUCAGACAUACACAGUGUUCUAAAAUGUGAAUGUAUUUUCCCCUCUCAGAAUACCCUAACAUCCUUUUGAAAUUUAAGGUACUCUGGGUAUUCUUACGUUGUUGUUCUUGAGAAAACAUAACAGCUUUAAACAUCAGGUUAUAGUGUUUAUUUUGAUUUCUAUUUCUUUCUAUCAACUAUUUCCCAAAUAAAAGCAAGGUUUGGAGUUGCUCUCUGCUAUUGAGACAAAAGGUGAUUGACAGAUAUUGGUUGGAUUGUUAUGCUGGGGCUUAGGGAAAAAAAACCCUUCUCUAGUUAAUAUAGUUCAUAACUUAUUCUUCAUAGAAGAUGUGAAAAUGAAGGAAGUAGGAAAAGGACCACCAUAGUAACAGAGUCCUUUGCUUAUGAAGAACAGUAAUAUUUUCCAGCUGGCUGGCUGAUUGAGAGAACGGUUGUGGAGGAGGUCUCUAGUUCUUUGAGCCUUGGCCCUUAAAAAGUUGGAAAGAAGGUGAGUUCUUCCUCAAAAGCCAUCGUGCUUGUCCUUUCUUUUCCAGGCCCAUCUUGUAUUCAAGUAGAAUACCAAAAUAGGAGGGUUGCAUGCUGCUGCAAGCGGUGUGCUGUUCACCUGGAGUCAUUCUGAGGGAAAGAGCUUUUCGACAAUUCAUAAAGCUUUUAAAAUGUAGUGAGCCGGCCAGUCUAUUGGCAAAGUCUCCCUCUAUCUCCCUAUGCAGUACUUGGUGUAGCAACUAGCUUGAGUAUUUCAACCUCUCCCUAGCUAGAAGAAAAGACUAACACUCGUCCUCUUUUUCUUCAUGUAGGGUGGGAACAGUUUAAGGGAAUAUUUCCUGUCUUGGAGCAGUGUUCUGUUUUGUUCUGUCUUAUGUGUUACGGUGGUGUGUUUCUUGCCUUUGCUGUCAUUGAGGGGUGAUGGACAUUAUUUGUAUGAAAACAUUCACAUGAAGGUCCCUAUGGAGUUUGGAGGUCUAGAAUAGUUGAUGGUAGGAAAGCACAAAUAAAGAUACUCCUUCCCCAGGCAUUCAUUUAGUCUAGUGGGGCAAGGGUUAAGAAAACAUGAAGUACAGAACUCUGCAAAGAUUCAUAAGAACUUCUGAUGUGUGAAAAGCUGUUUCACAGAAAGGUGUAUAACUGUUAUUUGAAGCAGUGAGAAAAAUGAACAAAACCAUAAUUUUUCAUUGAAAAACCUGAGUAUCCUAUUAUUCAAUAACAGGAUUUGUGAGGGCAAUCCAUACAGUGAGCAACAUACUCAAAGUAGAAUAUGUUACAAAACAUACAUUCCAGUUACACUCCUGUCUCUACCCUGGAUGUUCUUUCUAGUGGAGUGAGUGUCUUUUGGCUAUAUUUGGAGUUUGGGGUUUUUUGUGUUUCUUUUUAUUGAACUGCUUUCCCUGCUGGUGAUUCAUCUUUGCAAGCACUGCCAUUAUCUACCACAGUACUCACUGUGGUUAACGCUGUGGUACAUGCGUUGUUCCCUUCAACGUGCUAACACCAGCAAUUGCAAUGGGGGUGAUUUAUUACAACUUACUUUAUAUGACAGAGAAAAGAAAAUCCGCAGAGCUGCUGCAAGAUCAAAAAAAUAGGCCAUGUAUGAAAUCUGAAGACAGAUCUUUUUCACAGCAAAUUCAGUUUUCUUAUAAAUCGGCUGUAAGGAAGCACAGGACUUCCAAAGAAGAAUAUAAUUACGGACACAUUUUUUUUCUGCUGAAUGGAAACACUAUUGGAGGGUAUAAUAGCAGUAGAGGCAAAAGAAAGAAGUAAACAGGAGAGAGGACCUUGUUCUGGGGUUGCAUUCUGUGGUCUAGGAGAUGGGUCAGUUAUUUGAGUGGUUAUGACAAUUGUUCAGGCACCAUCUGGAAAAAAAAGAAUAGGAAAGGCAUUUGUCUUAAUUAAUGAUGGGAUUCCUUCCAUACUGCUUCUAAGUGAAAGUAAUUUGAAGCUAUGAAAUUGAAACCAUGUAUAUUAAGUCUUAAAAGGUGACAAAUGGAAACAGUUUCAGCACUGUGAAGAGAGCAAGAACAGAGAGGCAAUCCAGGUCUAGAUAGCCCUGUGAGGAGGUGUGAAAUAGUCCAGGGAGAAUCUCAUGAAAUGUGAGAUUAGGGUAGUUUUGACUCCUGGAAGUUACACCAUCACUCAUGAAAGAUUGUGCGGGGUUUUUUAUAUUAAAAAAUCAUUUAAAAUAUGCAUGUUUUCAGACUGUACUAAGUGGGCAAUGCCUUGCAUUUUGGUAUAUAUGCUUAUUCUCAGACCAAAAGUUAUAGUUCUUAGGCUGAACAAUAGACCCUUUUAAUUCAGCUUCUAUUUAAAGAAAGAUCCAGGAGAAAAAUUAGAAAGAGCCAAGAUGAAGACAUGAAAGAAAGAAUGAUCAGUACAUGCAUAGAGGAAGAAUAAGAAUGUCACACCUAACACAAAUGGUACAAAAUGCUUUUGUGGUACAGGUGAUUGAUGGCUUACUGGUGACACAGGCUUUUGCUUUCCCAUCUGUAGUUGACUGUUGGUUGUUGUAAGGUUGGGUGACAGACACAGAAAAAGUAGAAGAUCAACAAGACAAAAUAAUGUGUCUCCUUGCCAGGCUUUGGCUUCUCGAUCUAAAGGCUUUAUAAAGUGAUUGGAGUUUAAAUGACUUGAGAAAUGUAGCUUUUACCAUUUGUUAUUUUUUUACAAUUACUUCCUCUGGUAUUAAGAGUUUAUUUUUUCUUUUGUUUAACUUUACUUAUAUGUAAUAUAGCCAUCUCAGACAAUA